CAUUUCUAUUUAUAUUGUACAAGUUACUUUAUUUAUCGUUCUUUUUGAAAUCUGUUAUUUUCGCUUAUGUCACAUAAAUAUUUAUAUAAAAAGUAGAACGAUCAAAAUCAAAGUUUCCAUUUAGCGAUCGGAAGUUUUAAGAAUUGAUUAUCAUUCUUAAUUCAGUAAUAUAAAGGAAUUUAAAACCUCAACCAAAGAGUCAAUUGCGUCAGUUGGAGGUCAACAUCGUGCAGUGUAUGCAGUAAGAUGGCAGGCUUACUGCUGCGUGUAACGCGCAUUUUAUUUCUAUUUGUCUUUAAUUCAAUCCUUGUAUAUUCUGGUCCCGCGAACAAACCAGUACAAAAUGUCCCGGAGCCUUUAAUUCAAAGUGCCUUGAAUUCAUUGAAUCAGGAUUCUCCGACGCAUCAUACAUAUAAGGGCGGUAACCUGAUUAGCGCGCAAAAAUUGGAAGAAUCUCCAUAUGUAAUAUACAGACUGACAUUUGACUUAACUCCUACUUGCAAAGAAGCAUUAGAACCUUGUCCUCGAGAAGCAUGUACUGUGGAAGUGAAACAACACGAACUUGGACAUAUAAAUGUUUUAAGAGAAUCUAUACAAUGCAUGUAUUUGUAUCCUCAAUCAGUACAGGAUGAUCCAUUGCAACUACAAGAAAAUAAUCAGGACCAGGAUCAUGUUAUUGAAAAUUUAGACAAGCAAAUUAUUAACAAUCAAAGUGUUGAGCUAGAUCAUGAAAUUCAAAAGAAUGGAGAUCAUAAUGAGAGACCAUUCAUAGCAAUGAGAGCUUCUAGUCCUAAUUAUUGUCCAGGAUGUCCAUAUGAGUUAAAUCCAAAUUUGCCUGGAUUUGUUGCUUUUGGAGAACAAGUAGUGAAAUCAAUGGAUGAAUUGAUACAAAAUGAUUUCAAGCAUAAAGUAAUUGAUAUUGUCAAAGUAACUCGUGUUGUUCCACCUUCAUCUAAUAUUAUACAAUAUCAAAUUUUAUUACGUAUAGGAGAAUCUGACUGCUUGAAAAAUGCAAUAGAGCAAUUAGAAUGCUCUAUACAGUCAAAUCUUCCUGUCAAGGUAUGUUUGGUAACAUUCAAAGAACAACCUUGGCAGCAAUCUAGCCGUAAAAUAGUAAAGAAUAACUGCACUAUGGUUGCUAAUGAAGAGAUUAAAGAGAAUGUCAAUUCUUAUUCAACAUUAAACAGCGAAUCACUUGUAACACCAACACCUAACAAAGCAAAAACAAAUGAUGAAAAAUGGGAAGUUCUAGAAAAUUUAAAAGAUGUUCUGGAUAAUUAUACUUAUAUCACGACUGAAAAAUCAGAAGAAUCAGAACAAUCAGAAGUGACAGAACAUCCUAUUCUAAAAAUUUCCAUAAACAGAAGUGAUGAUGAUAUUAAACCUCAAGGGUUUGAAGAUAAGGUAAAAGAAUUUGGUGAAUUUUUGAAAGAUUUUGAUUUGCCUACAAGACAAACUCAAUCGGAUCCAGAAAUAAACAGAGAGGAAGUUAAAGAAGAAAUCAUUUAUCCAAGAAAGGUAGACUCUAUAAUUAAUAAAUCACACACAAUGUAUAGAAAGAAAAGGUCAAGUCUUGUAGGCGCACCUUCUAAUGUAAAUGUCAAUGAUCCUACCAUCAAAGAACUUGCAGAUAAGGGUCUUACGAAAUUUUCAGAAAAUUCUGAAGGUUCAAAUGAACCUAUGAUAGUAGAAAUUGUUGACGCCUCAAAACAAGUAGUAUCUGGAUUGUUAUAUAAAAUAAGGGUCAAAUUGGGUACAAGCAACUGUCCAAAAGGUACAAAAGAUGGUUGUCAAUUGAAAGAAGGAACUGAAAUUAAAGAAUGUUUGUUUACUAUAUGGUCUCAAGUAUGGUUAGAUAAAGGAUCUCCAAAUAUUACUAUCAAUUGUGAUUCAAAUAAACGCCGAAAGCGAUCUUUACGAGGUAGUCGAUAUAAUCAAAAAAUGUUAAAGCUAGCUGGAGAAAUAAAAGAUGAGACAUUAUUCGAAGCUUUUAUCAAGAAAUUUGGAAAAACAUACAAUACAGCCGAUGAGAAACUAGAUCGUUUUAAAAUAUUUAAACAAAAUCUAAAAAUUAUUAAAGAACUACAGACGUUUGAACGAGGAACAGCUGAAUAUGGUGUUACAAUGUUUGCAGAUCUCACGCCUAAAGAAUUUAAAGCUCGUUAUUUAGGUCUUCGUCCCGAACUAAAACACGAAAACGAAAUACCUCUUCCUGAAGCUGAAAUACCAGAUGUUUCUUUACCACUUAAAUUCGACUGGCGCGAUCACAAUGUAGUUACACCUGUGAAAGAUCAAGGCCAAUGUGGAUCAUGCUGGGCGUUUUCUGUAACUGGAAACGUGGAAGGACAAUACGCAAUUAAACAUAAUCAAUUGUUAUCUUUAUCAGAACAGGAAUUAGUAGAUUGUGAUUCUUUAGAUGAAGGAUGCAAUGGAGGAGAUAUGGGAAAUGCUUAUAAAGCUAUAGAAAGAUUAGGAGGUCUUGAAUUGGAAUCAGAUUAUCCUUAUGAUGCUAAAGAUGAAAAAUGCCACUUCCUUCAAAAUAAGACUAAGGUACAAGUUGUCAGUGCUGUAAAUAUUACAUCGGAUGAAAAGAGAAUGGCACAAUGGCUAGUUAAAAACGGCCCAAUUUCUGUUGGAAUUAAUGCCAAUGCCAUGCAAUUUUAUUUUGGAGGAGUUUCACACCCACUUAACUUCUUAUGCAAUCCUAAAAAUUUAGAUCAUGGCGUUUUAAUUGUGGGAUAUGGCAUUAGCAAAUAUCCUCUUUUCCAUAAAGAAUUACCAUAUUGGAUAAUAAAGAAUAGUUGGGGCCCACGAUGGGGCGAGCGUGGUUAUUACAGAGUUUAUAGAGGAGAUGGUACCUGUGGAGUUAACACAAUGGCUACAAGUGCUGUAGUUGCAUAACGAAUAUAUUUAAGAAAUUAAUGCCUUUAAUAAUAAUAUUCAACUUCUUCGAAAAAGAUUAUAUUUUUUUUUACUAAUGCAAUAUGAAUGUUAAUUGCUUGUAUUUUAAAAAGUUUCUUAUAACAUGUUUUAUUGAUUAUCAUAGGCAUUUUGUUUCGUAAGUAAAACUGCAUUCUCACAAUAAAUACUCUAAGGAAAUAAAGUUUUCGCAAUUAUAAUUGUUUGGAAUCGUAAUAACGUUUUCAUAAUAAAAAACAUAUUUGUUAUAAA